ACUGUACCGGUUGGAUAGCCUUGCACAGCCCUUGAUGAUUGCGUUUCAGUCGUUGUUGUUACUGGUUAGCUGUGAAUAAGAGACACUAUUCUAUUUAGGCAUUGAAAAUUCAUAUCUAGCCAUCCCGUGUGCGUUUUAACAUUGAAGUGUGUGGUUUUUAUCGGUGGCAAAUAUGAACAAGAUGUAUGGGCUGUGUAUCCGCGCUGUUCGUCAAACUGCACGACCAAAAUCAUUCAGGCUGCUUCAACGUAGAGCCUUCAGGUUGUCUUCUGCUGAUUCAACACUGGAGAAACCACAAUUCCCUGGAGCCUCUGCAGAGUUUGUGGACCAUCUUGAGUUCAUCCAGCCCAAUGUCAUCUCUGGGAUCCCCGUAUACAGAGUGAUGGACCGCCAGGGCAAUAUUAUCAACCCCUCUCAAGAUCCUCAACUUCCAAAAGAGACAGUUUUAAAUUUUUACCAGAAGAUGACAAUGCUGAACACAAUGGAUCGGAUUCUUUAUGAAUCUCAGAGACAGGGUCGCAUCUCUUUUUAUAUGACCAACUACGGUGAAGAAGGGACACACAUUGGAAGUGCUGCUGCUCUUGAUCCAAAUGACAUAGUGUUUGGCCAGUACCGUGAAGCAGGAGUGCUGAUGUACCGUGGUUUUCCUUUGGAUCUCUUCAUGGCUCAGUGCUAUGCAAAUGCGGAUGACCUGGGUAAGGGCCGUCAGAUGCCCGUUCACUACGGCAGCAAAGACCUAAACUUUGUUACCAUCUCUUCACCCCUGGCUACACAGAUUCCCCAGGCGGCUGGAGCAGCUUAUGCCGUUAAGAGAGAAAACAUCAAUCGUGCUGUGAUCUGUUACUUUGGAGAGGGGGCAGCUAGUGAAGGAGAUGCACAUGCUGGUUUUAACUUCUCUGCCACUCUUGAAUGCCCCUUGAUAUUCUUCUGCCGCAACAAUGGCUAUGCAAUUUCCACCCCUACUAAUGAGCAGUAUAGGGGUGAUGGCAUUGCUGCACGAGGACCUGGUUAUGGAAUGUUGUCAAUUAGAGUGGAUGGAAAUGAUGUCUUUGCUGUAUACAAUGCCACCAAGGAAGCGCGGCGAAGGGCUGUAGCAGAAAACCAACCUUUUCUAAUUGAGGCAAUGACUUACAGAAUCGGUCACCACAGUACAAGUGAUGACAGCUCAGCAUAUCGUUCUGUGGAUGAGGUGAACUAUUGGGACAAGCAGGACCACCCCAUCUCUCGCCUCAGACACUACAUGACAGCUCGGGGCUGGUGGAGUGAAGAUGAUGAGAGGAGCUGGAGGAAACAGUCCCGUAAGACUGUGAUGGAGGCUUUUGAGAAGGCGGAGAGGCGUCUGAAGCCUAACCCUGAGCUACUUUUUACGGAUGUGUACAAGGAGAUGACCCCACAGCUGGACAAGCAGAGGGAGUCCCUGUGGAGACAUGUUCAGCAGUACAAAGAGCACUACCCUCUCGAUCUAUAUGAAAAAUAACUAACAGAUCAUUUUAAGUAACAAUGUAAUCCUCUAGUUGACUGUGACCUAGGUGAAGAAUUGCACAAAAUUGCAUAUAACUGUAAACAGAUUUGUAGUUUUGAUAUGGGAUUUAUUCUUCCUUUAUGCACAACUAAGACAACAAAGUAUGAAUGUGUGCAGUACUAUAAGUCACACAAAUGUUUUUGGUGCCUUUUAGUUACCGUAAACAGAAAAAAAAAGCAGACAUCACUUAAAUGCUGUUUGCCAAUUGCUAACUCUUAUUUUGAUCAUAAAGUGGUCAGGUUGUUCAAUUAAAAAACAUUUUGUGUAGAAAUGUGUCAUCUUAUGUUGUGUCCUUUAGUCCUUUUAUACAGUAUAUAUUGUACCUGUUAUAUGGGAGUGUGUAUACUGUUCUGAUAAACUGUACAACAUUUUUCUGUUACAUGUUUGAGGGAAAAAAAUAUAUAAACAUGACAUGGUAA